CUUGAAAUAGAUUUUGCAGUGCUACUUAAGGAGGCUCAACACAAUUGGUCCAUUAAGUGGCCUGAGUUUUCUGAGAAGCUAAAAGCAAAAUUGGUUAGGAAUGGUGUUAAAGAAGACAGUCUAGAUUGUGAAACUGCUCCAAUCUAUGAGAUACCAAAGCUGUUUCUGAUUGUUCAUGAUAGGAUUUUAGACAGGAAGGCAUGGCGUGCCACUAGGGCAGAAAUUCAGGUAGGGGUUCUUGUCCAUUUGAAGGUUAUUGGUGACCUACAGAAGACUUUAGAACAGAUGCGUAAAUCCACACCACUCUACAACCUUUUCCUCUAAUUGUGGGAGAGUCUAUUAAAAACAUAUCAUCUAGUUAUGCUAUUAUAGAUGGUAGACCUAUUCGAGUGGAGUCUCCUUCAAGGGCAAUUGACGGAGAAGUGUAU